CAAACGUAAAUAUUUUGAUCAUGACUUGGUAUAUAGUCAACGUUGGAAUAGCCAGUGCUUCGUUUGUUGUAUGUAAAAGGGGCAAACACUUCCACCGAUUGCCACUCUCACCUCGUCUCUGGCUCUCACUCUCGGAGCCUUAAUUCUUACUCAAGCAGAUGGAACAAUCUUUGUCCUCUCUUACAUUUAAGGGUUCUAUUACUGAAGCAAUUAUUGAAGCCAAAAGGCAGAAGAAACUCUUUGUAGUCUAUAUUUCAGGUGAAGAUGCAGAGUCUGGUGGUUUGGAAGACUCUACAUGGAUUAAUUCAAAUGUGACAGAGUCUCUUUCAAAAUACUGCAUCUUGUUGCAUAUCCCUGGAGGAAGCACUGAUGCCGCACACUUCUCUGCAUUAUACCCACAGAAAUCUGUUCCUUGUAUAACAGUGAUUGGAUACAAUGGUGUACAAGUUUGGCAAAAUGAGGGAUUUGUUGGUCCUGAAGAUCUGGCAUCCAGUUUAGAGAAGGCAUGGUUGAGUCUUCACAUCCAGGAAACAACUGCCACUGUCCUAAGUGCAGCACUUGCUUCAAGGAAUUCUGGAGCAUCUACUUCUAUUUCUAGUGCUGCAUCCUCGUCUGGCGAACAAAGUUCUUUAAGUACAGUUGUUCCAUCGUCUUCAGUAGACAAGCAUGUCCAAUCCAAAGAGACUAAUUUGGUGGUAACCUCUGAGUUAAUAGAGGAAAAGAAAGAUCUUGAAUGUGAAGCUGAGGAGAAAAAUACUGAAAUGGAUGACAACACAUCUUCAAGAUCACAUGAUCUCAGCAAGUCAAAGAGUGCUGUGGGUGAACAGUCCAACUCAUCGUCUGAAGUAGCCAAGGGAUCACUUGGUCCUUUAGUGGCUGACAUCGAAAAUUCUAGAGCUGAACAUAACUCUUUCAGUGGUGAAGAUGGGUGUCCUGCCCUGGAAAAAAUCAGCGAUCAGCAUUCAGUUGUUCCUGUACGUGUUGAAGAAUUGGUUGGUACUGAAGUAAAUGAGGCUGAAGAAGAUGAGAAGGCUAAAGCUGUAAACCAUAUGCAGGCUUAUGCAUCUGAUGAUUUUGUUAGAGACAAUACAUCAAGUGAUGUCCAUCUAAAUAUCCGAUUGCCCACUGGCUUGAGCCUACAAGACAAGUUUUCUGUCACAAGCACUUUGAGAAUGGUGAAAGACUAUGUGGACGAAAAACAACCUAGUGGGUUUGGGACUUAUGAUCUAGCCAUUCCUUAUCCCCGCAAAGUAUUCAGCGAUCAAGAUUUGAGCAAGUCAUUGUCAGGGCUGGGCCUUUUUAAUAGACAGGCUCUGAUUGUAGUCCCACAUCAGAGAGCUGUGGGUAACUACAGUGGAGUAUCUCCGUCCUCUGAUCAAACAAAUUUUACUAAUGUUGAUUCUUCAGAUGGAACUAAUGUUGGAUAUUUUGCUUAUGUGAGGAGGAUUUUAUCAUACGUGAAUCCUUUCUCCUAUCUUGGUGGUGGUGCCAGCUCAUCAAGUUCUGGACAAGAAUCUCAAAAUGGGAUAUGGCAAUAUAAUCCAAACCCUGCACUUCAGAAUAACUUUGGUGGAAGAGAGAGGCCCAACUCCAACUACUUUUCAAACCAAAGCAGUCCUGCAACUGGAAGAGAUGAUGGCAAGAAGAGGAAACCAACAACAUCAUCCGGUUUUGGGAGCAAUAUUCAUACGCUUAAACGUGACGAAGAUGAUGAUCGGUUCAAUGACAGAAAUUCCUACUGGAAUGGUAAUUCUACGCAAUAUGGCGGUGACAAUGAUGGCAAGUAAGACCUUGGGCUGGGCAUAACCCUCCUGCAAUGCUUACUUCGCAUUUUCAGUUGCCCGCUUUUAUUGAUCGCUCUCUUAGACUAUUUACUAAAAACUCGAGUUUAUCUGCAAUAUAGAAGAGUGUAGAUAUUCAUAAUAUGUAGUUCUUUUCUGCCAAUAAAGGAAGGUGAAAGGAAAGAGUAAACCCAGUGAGGUAAUGGUUGAAAUGCUUUUUCUAGUGCUGUAUUUUUCUAUCCACUUUUGUAUAUUUCUCCUUAUAGUAUUCGAAAUGGAUUUAAUUUUA